AGAUAAAUAAAAAUAAAAAAAAGGAUCUUGAGAAAUUAAAGUCGUUGAAAGAUCAUCUUCUAUUCUUCAAACUCCUUGAAAACUGCAGCCCGACAACGAGUAAAAACCCACAGAUCUUGCUACUGCAGUUCUGGUAAUAAAAGCCCAGAAGAAGUAGAAGAGAGAAAAAUAAUAUAAGCUGCGAAAAAGAUGAGUAAAAUCACAAGUCUCAGCUGUAUCCGCUUCUUCACAUGCCUUUUCUCUUCAUUCUCCCUUCUCUUAAUUACAGGAUUAGCGGACACCUCAUCGACAUCGAACAAUGAGAAAGGUAGUACGAAAUCAUCCGAAGGAAGUGGUUCCACUUGGCUGAAAUUCAUCAUAAUAUUCUUUGGGCUUUUGGCAGUCGGGGCAUUUUCGGUAUUCUUGUUUAAGCUGUGGCAAAGAAAGAAAAGAGAGGAGCAGCACGCGCGUCUUUUGAAGCUGUUUGAACAAGACGAUGAACUCGAGGUCGAACUUGGUAUUCGGGAUUAGAAGAUAAGUGUGCUUUGCCACUAUUACUUAACACUCCGUAAUUGCUUGAUUCGGGAUUCGUGUCUUGUUUGUAUUGAGGUUGUUUGCAAAGAAUUACCUUGUUUUUAUCGUCUUUCGUUUCGAUACGUAUGCAGUAGCGAUUUGUCAGCCACCGUUCGGAUUGAACUGUUAAAAAAAUUGUGUUAUUUUGAAUUGCUAAAGAUUCUCAUA